AACGGCAGAUCGUGCUUCAGGUUAUCGCUGAGAACGUUCGUUGUUGUGGUCUAACGGGCAGCUCCGGAAACCUGUUUCAUUUUAAUCGUCGAAGCUUUAGAGAGCUAUCUUGAUCGCGUUCCUGCAACCAUGUCGGGCAAAGCGCCUGCCAUAGGCAUUGACUUGGGCACCACAUACUCCUGCGUCGGAGUUUUCCAGCACGGGAAGGUGGAGAUCAUUGCCAACGACCAAGGAAACCGCACUACUCCGAGCUAUGUUGCCUUUACGGAUACUGAACGCCUCAUCGGAGAUGCAGCCAAGAAUCAAGUGGCCAUGAAUCCCAACAACACCAUCUUUGAUGCCAAGCGUCUCAUUGGCCGCAAAUUCGAUGAUCCUACGGUGCAGUCCGAUAUGAAGCACUGGCCUUUUCGUGUGGUGAGUGAAGCUGGGAAGCCAAAGGUACAAGUUGAGUACAAGGCUGAGGUCAAGACUUUCUUUCCUGAAGAAAUUUCCUCGAUGGUGUUGACCAAAAUGAAGGAAAUAGCUGAGGCAUACCUGGGUUGCAAAGUCCAGAGUGCUGUAAUCACUGUACCUGCAUACUUCAAUGACUCCCAACGCCAAGCCACCAAAGAUGCAGGAACCAUCACAGGUCUCAAUGUACUGCGCAUCAUUAAUGAGCCCACAGCUGCUGCCAUUGCCUAUGGUUUGGAUAAAAAAGGGAGCAGAGCAGGUGAGAAGAAUGUGCUGAUCUUUGACUUGGGUGGUGGCACUUUUGAUGUCUCCAUUUUGACCAUUGAAGAUGGCAUCUUUGAAGUGAAAUCUACUGCUGGAGAUACUCACUUGGGUGGUGAGGACUUUGACAAUCGUAUGGUGAGUCACUUUGUGGAGGAAUUCAAGCGCAAGCAUAAGCGUGACAUUGCUGGCAACAAGCGAGCAGUUAGGCGGCUCCGCACAGCCUGUGAGAGAGCCAAACGUACCCUGAGUUCCUCCACCCAAGCUUCUAUUGAGAUUGACUCAUUAUUUGAUGGAAUUGAUUUCUACACAUCCAUCACCCGUGCUCGCUUUGAAGAGCUCAAUGCUGAUCUCUUCCGCGGUACUCUUGAACCUGUGGAGAAGGCUCUUCGUGAUGCUAAGCUGGACAAAGGGCAGAUCAAUGAAAUUGUUCUAGUCGGUGGCUCAACUCGUAUCCCCAAGAUCCAAAAGUUGCUACAAGACUUCUUUAAUGGAAAAGAGCUGAACAAAAGCAUAAAUCCUGAUGAAGCUGUGGCAUAUGGUGCUGCUGUGCAGGCUGCUAUUCUGAUGGGUGACAAAUCAGAAAAUGUGCAAGACCUCCUGCUGCUUGAUGUAGCACCACUUUCUCUGGGUAUUGAGACUGCUGGUGGUGUAAUGACUGCCUUAAUCAAGCGUAACACAACUAUUCCCACCAAGCAAACCCAGACCUUCACCACCUAUUCAGACAACCAGAGUAGUGUGCUGGUGCAAGUGUAUGAGGGUGAGCGGGCCAUGACUAAGGACAACAAUCUGCUGGGCAAAUUUGACUUGACGGGUAUCCCACCUGCACCUCGUGGUGUGCCCCAAAUUGAGGUUACAUUUGACAUUGAUGCAAAUGGUAUCCUCAAUGUCACUGCAGUGGACAAGAGCACAGGAAAAGAGAACAAGAUUACAAUUACAAAUGACAAAGGCCGUCUUAGCAAAGAUGACAUUGACCGCAUGGUGCAAGAAGCAGAGCGUUACAAGGCAGAGGAUGAGGCUAACCGGGAACGGGUAGUUUCCAAAAAUGCCCUGGAGUCCUAUGCAUACAACAUCAAGCAGACUGUGGAGGAUGACAAGCUGAAAGGCAAGAUUAGUGAGCAGGACAAGCAGAGAGUGCUUGAAAAGUGCCAGGAGGUGAUCAGCUGGCUUGAUCGAAACCAGAUGGCUGAGAAGGAAGAGUUUGAGCACAAGCAGAAGGAGCUAGAGAAGCUUUGCAACCCCAUCAUUGCCAAAUUGUACCAGGGUGCUGGAGCUGCGGGUGCUGGUGCUCCAGGUGGUGGUCCCACUAUUGAAGAAGUAGAUUAAACUACCAUGGACUAGACUGUAUGAGCAAUUUCCAUCUGCUCUACUCUUUCCCCAUGGAGCUUGUGGAUGUGUAAGGGAGGAGGUAUUAUCUUGCUCUCUAAUUUAUUGGAAAGCAUUGCCAGCUCAUUUUGUUGCCGAUAAUGUUUGUCUUACUAUUAAGAUAGCUAUGCUAGUUGGCAGAUGUUUGUUUUUUAAUGUUCACUGUUGUAAAUAUCUACUUGAGCAUUACAAUUGAGAGGAAAACAUUUCAGAAGAGUAUGGAGAAUGUUAAACAUUAAAAAAAGCUUUGUUAUUUUUGGCAACUUUUUGGUCUGAUUAUUUUGAAAUUUUGGUAAUAAAAGUUAUUUGAAGCAUAAA